AUGGGGAUCGGCGAAGUCUACCCUCCUUCAUGGUCAACAGCUGUAGCCAACUACUGUGACGCGCAUGCUGCCAAAGCUGUCAGAUCUCGGCUUUUCUCAAUCGCCGAUGAUUGGAUACCUGCGCAGGACGACAUGAGUGCCGUCUUCCAGAUAUCAAAGAUGAUGUUGCUCGUUAGUCUGCAUCUCUCCGAGGGUCGAAGGUGGGGGACGAAUCACCUCGUGAUGGGCGAGGAGCUCAGGCCGGUGAAAUGUGGGUCAGCCACCGGCAGUGGCAAGACGGUAACCCUCAGCCUACCGAAGAAGAUACACUCCGUUGGCAUUCCUCAACCUGAACCUAUCAAAGUUGGUCCACUCUCCAUCACGAACUCUUUGAAGACCCACAUGAAGAAAGGCCAAGUCUUCAAGAUAGGGACCGGCGAAGUGUGCUCCAACGAAACGCGAAUACCCAAGACGGAGUGUAUCGACGACGAUUUCAAGUUCAUCGCGAGGAGGCGCAAGGUCGAAUACGAUGUCUUUGGUGUCCAUCCGAAAUUCGCGGACAUCAGGAGGUGGCACAAUUUCCUCAGUCGGUUACGAUAUCUUUAUGCUCAAAACGACACCAUUCUUGACAGCAAGACGAUCGAUCAAAGCAACAGCCAGGCACUACUAUCAAUCGCACCACAGCACUGUUCGAAUGUGCAUUCUGCGCGCCUGCAAGACCGCUUGCUCGUUCAGACAACACAGCUGAUUCAAAAGCUGGAGCAGGACGCCAUUGAAGACAUCAAGCUGCAAAUGUUAGAGGGCUUUAUCGCUUUGCUAGAGUUCGCGACCUCGUGGGUCGCGCGCUGGCAGAGGGACGAGAAGUGCGAGAAGAUGGUCAAAGCUGCGAAAUUCAGCGCAAACAUGUGA